GGAUAGAUUUCAUAGAGGCUUACCAAUAUCAAUGUAUUUCCACUACGGGCUCACCAAUUGCAUUAUGGCUAUGGGUUUCGCCAAUCGUCGUGUUGUCGUUGAUUCGACUCUCGAUGAUUCGAAUCGAGGGCUGAGGACAACACUGGUGAAACGUGUUUCGGAGUUGUGAACAUUUGAGAUCUGUUAGUGAUGCUGGUUGUUGCUUUUUCAAGGAUUGUUCGUUUACGUUGUGCUUAUUGUAAUUUUAUAUCUGGGGAUUAGAGUAGGUGUUUUACAUUUGUGUAUCUUUAACACUUUAGUUUUGUUUAGUAAUGGUUCGUUUCAAAUACAGGUACUUCACUGUAAAGAUGUCACUGCAGGUAAAAAAAUUAAAUCUUGUUGACCCUUUUUACAUCAAACAAGAAAGUAUUACUACAGCUUUACGUAACAAAAUUAAAGAAUUGCAUGGAGAUUAUGGUGUAGCUGCUGUUGAGUUUGGGCUUCAGGUGAAAUAUUGUAAUCCUCAUACACAAAUCAUGUUAAUUCGUGCCCAGCAUGGUGCUCAUAGGUAUGUUGCUUCUGCUUUACCUUUUGUAAAGCUAAUUGAUGUUCAUCCAGUAACAUUGAAAACAUUGUAUACUGGUAGUAGUUUACGUCAUUGUUUUAUUUUUCUUACGCGUUAUCAAAAGUUUAAUCUGAAGAAAAUUUGGCACUUACUACAAGAAGAGCAAAAAAAAUUAAUGGAAUCUGCUUUCUUGGAUGUAAAGUUUGAUAAACUGAAAGAGGAAAUGAAGUAGAGAAUUUGAAACACUUGAGAGCGAGGGGUGGAGAAACAGAUUUACAAAGGGAGGGGAGCUGGGAAGGUGUGCGGAACACCUGUCGCACGUGACAUAAAUGUUAAUUUUAUUAAACUAAUAUCAUUUAGAGAAUUUAAGUGUUUCAUUGUGUACUAUAAUUAUUUUGAUAACUUUUCCCUUCUAUAUGUUAAAGUAAUCUUAUUGUUUUUUGUAUGAUUAAUAAGAUGACUGACAGAAAACUCCCUUAAAUGUGCCAUUUCAUAGAAAGACAGAUCAACUAAUGAAUGAAGUUAAGCUUGCUUUGAAAACCAAAGAUAGAAUCUUAUUAGUCUAAUAAGUCUACUAGCCACUUAUUUCCUAAAAUGUUUUAAUAAUUCAUACAGCUGAUUGAAAAUGAAAAAUAACAACAAACAAUUUAAUAAUUUAGAGAAACAGGUAUAUCUCCUUCAAGCAAAACCGAAGACUUAUCAAGCCAAGAACGUUUUUAAUGUAUGAUGCACAGAAUGUAGAAUUUAAUUGAUUUUGCUUUCAAAGAAAAGAGGAAGAAACUGGAACUUGAGCAAUCUACCGGCCAAGGUGUGUGUAUUGGUGUUGGUUUUUUAUAAGGCUGCCUACAAAAAAACCUUUUUGACCUAUUUCAUUUUUGGAGGAUUAAUUGUGGGUACUCCUGCUCCAUAGCACUGGUGGUCACAAAUGUGCAAUAUUGACUAUCUGAUAAUCUAUGUGAUUUAAAUUACACAAGUGUAAGUCUUUUUGUGUCAAUUCUUACCCACAUGAGCCCUGAAUCUGUGAACGGCUCAGGGCUCAGCAAAUCAUCGUUAGGUUCUUGUACAAUGGCAUUUUUCACACUGAAAACUGUUUAUAAAGUAUAGAAUAUCACAGGUUUACCUAGUAUUCUAAUUGUCAUUUAGUUGUAUUCAGUUUGUAUACAGAGCAUGUUAAUAUUCUUUGUAAGUUUGGUUUUUCGACAACCUAUUUUUGUACCCCAAUCAAAUGUAUAAUUUGUUAAGGAGUUUCUGGGUUUAUUGUUGAUCAGGAGAAUAAUGAUGAAUACCACUGUUCAACAAGAGAGAAUUUUCUUUUGUGCCAGUAUGCGUCAAGAUAUUGAGGGUGAGAAAUUCAAAUCUGAUAUUAGAAAUCUAUUAGACAUGGUUUUUUAGUUACUAAAAAAAAAAUUGUCUAGUUUAACGACUCUUUUACUUUUAAUGAAAAUAUACAUUAAUUCUGGUGUCCCCUUGCACUAAAAAAAUGUUUUUUAACAUAUUCUGUAGACAUCUGUGAACAACACAGUGCUGAACCAUUUAUAGGGCUUUUUCCAAAAUGAAUUUGGCUUGAGUCGAGGCCCUGCAAUGUGAAAAGAAUUCUUUAAAUUUUGGAAUUACUUUACAAGAAGCCUUUGAGAUGUUUUAAACAUUUUCUCCAAGAUUAUUACAAAUUUUUGCUUUAAAUUUUUUGCUAUCCUAGAGUGAUAUACACUUUUUAAGAUGAUCCUGUUCUGAUCCGAUUUUCUCAGUUACCUCUAAAUUUUUGAAAAUUAUAAAAGCUAAAUAUUUUUUGGACCGCUUUGUUUGACUAUGUAUUUUAUUGAAGAGAGAUAUUUUCUUUGAAUGAAAUUUGUUGUACACCAUUAGUUGUUCAAUUAAUGUUAUGUGCAAUUCGUUUGAAAUAUUAGUGCCAAGUCAUAGUCUUAAGAGUUCUUCUCAAUAAUGGGAUUAUAAUGCCUCUGUCCCAAUUAUCUACUUCAAUAUGACUAAAGAGUCAUGAUUUUUGAAGCAUAUGCUCAAAUUAUUGAAAAACAAUGAGCACAAGUGGGAAAUUUGAAAGUUCUUUCCUGAGUGGUGGAAAUGCAACAUGGAUACACCAAAAGCAGAUAUGUUGUGGAUAAGUGGGUUGACCGCAACAGAAAUAUUUGGCCUGAAUAGACAAUGGAAGAAAAAAUAUUCAGUAAGAUAACAUUUUAGGUAUUGAUGUCCUACCUCCACUGCACAUUGAGCUAGGACUUAAAAACUGUAUGCCAAACAUGAAUCCAUAUGGAUAUGGGUUUAUUUAUCUUUCGUACAAACAUUUCUACAUCUUUUGGCCAAAAACAUAAAAGUGUGUUUGUCAUCCGUCAAAUUAAACUUCUGAAAGAUUCAAAGGGACUUUUGCCUGGCACCAAGAGAAAAAUACAGUUAUGUUUCAAGAAUGUUACUGAAAUUGUCUGGGGAAAAAACAACCAGCAACCAUUAAGAAUUGAUACAACAGCUCGUAAUUGCAUUUAAGGAUUAGUGCAAAAGUCCUUCAAAAGUGCAUUUUUUAAAUACACAUUUGUAUUAUUUUUCUUAGAACUGUAAUAAUGUUUCCUGUAGACAAGGGUGAAAGAUUUCAUAAAGAUUUUUUAAAAGCUGCUUUUAGGGAAAUGGAUGCUGUCAAUGCUUGCAGACUAUUGCUGGAAGAUUAUUAGAGAGGGCAAAACUGAUCACCAGCAAAUAAAUAAGAUUUUGAUAUUCUGCAGGGAAAAAGACGCUUGUUGAUAUAUUGUCUGAAAAUGGGUUUUAAUAUCUUGCUUUCUGCUUACAAAGUACAGAGAAAGUAUUGUUAUGCUGCAGGGGGGAAAUUGAGAUUUUUUUUUAGACAAACUGGUAUUGCUGGGUCCUGGAAAACUAGAAUUUCCUCAAACAUGUAUAGUCAGAAUUCACAUUUGGUGUGUACUUUGAUACAUGAAAAAUAAUUAUAGCAAUACCUCGAUAAACAGGAAAUGGAAAUGCAUUUUCAUCGAAAUGGAUAUCCCCCGAUCAAUCUCUCUGAUUUCUCUGUGAAUUGGAAACAGAUAUUUUGGUGUGUGUGUGUGUGGGGGGGGGGUCACAUGAAGUGUCACCAUUUUCAAAAAUUUCUCAAAAAUCACUCUGUAUUUUUCUUUAAAUAUUUUCCUCUGAGGAAGCAAAAGUCUCAUAAAUAAAUGGCAUAGGUCUCAUUUUUAUUGCACUUCGUAAAUUUUUGAAAAUGGCUAAACUUCAAAAUUUUUAAUGAAUUUUCCUUCAACUACAAUAGUAAAGAUACUGAUUCGUCUUCUGAAGGAAGUCUUUUCUUUAAAAUUACAUCUUUAAAGAAAGUGAUGUAAUUUUUUUUCAACCAAAUGAAAUAUUACUUUAAUAUAAAAAUACUGUAUUUAGAUUUUUUUUAUUGAAUUGUUGAUCAUAUUACUUUUUUUGGCAAUAUCAGUGAUGGUACUUGUAACAAAUAUUAUUUUAAGUAUUUGAUUGAUAGUGUGACUCAUGAGAUUCAGUAAAUGAAACGCCCAAUAUGAUAAGAAUUUCUGCCCAAACAAUCCAUACCAGAUAUUGUUUCAUUCACUGUAUUAAAAUUUUAAAUCCGCUAUUAAACAUAAAACAAAUGCAUACGCUAUUUGAGAUUGGCCAUGAGGAUACUACGUAGUUAUACAUUAAUAUUGUAUUGUCGUAAUACUUCCAAGUUCGAAAUAAAAAUAACAGGUUGAUAGAGAUUCAAAUUCAAACCUCGUUUAAGUUUGGAAUUGACAUUGAAACAAAAUAAAUGUUGCAAUUUAAUAUUUAAUCAAACAUUGCUUUAUUUACAGCAUUCGUGUCUAGUGUUCUCAGGUCAUGUAAGAAAUAGUAAUGAGAAGUGGCCUACAGCAACAGUAAUGUUGUAGAACAAUAUGGCACUGGAAUAAAGAAAAAUAAUAUUCAUAAACGGAGACCACAGUUAAGAGUUGACUGAUUCUAUCCUACAUUGAAAUAAGAAUUGUGAAAUGCUUGCAUUGUUCAUAAUGUAUUAGGUUUUGGGUGUUUUAUUUUCACGUCCACGGGUUUAAUUUUGA